AUGGUUUAUGGAUCACUCUCCGUGCAAGACGACCGGGCCAUUCCCGUGUUCGCACCACCAUACGCUUCCCAAGAACCAUUCUACUUGAGCGGGAUGACGAUUGUCUCUAUCUCUUACCGGGUUCAAGCCUCACAAAUCCAACAUCUUGUACCCCGUGAGCUGGAAAUGGAAGAAGAACCAGUCAUGACUUCCUUAUUUAUUCACUAUGGCAUUUCCACCGCUGGCGAAUACAAUGAAUACGUCCACACCAAGCAUAGGAUGUUUGAGAUAUUGUAUUCGCCGUCCCGAGCUGCUCUUGUCGACGCUGGGAGCCUGGGUGUCUUCUGGGCGAUCCUGGCAUUCUCAACUCUCCAAGAGUCUAGGGGGCCCUUCAGCCCGGCUGGUGCACCGAACGGCCAAGGAGACAUGUUCACGCCCGAGCAGCUCUAUGCCAACGCACGACAACAAAUACCAAACGAAGACGCCCGGAACCCCUGUUACGCCCAGGCUUUCUUCUUUGUCCUUGAUACUGUGGUAUUGUGCCACUUGGGCAAGCCCCCUCAUCUCAGAACGGCAGACAUCCGCUUUCUUUCUAUGCCGGCUGAGACCGGCCCGGAUGAGUGGGAACCACAGACCGCCUGCUGGCUUAAGAUUCAGGAUUGGCGGCGGACCAACUUGACCUGGGAUUACCAGCCACUAAGGGCAGUGAGCAUCUUCAACCGCUAUGUUGACCUAAUUCGCAUACUUAACGAUGCGAUAUCGGAGCCGAUAUCAGAAGAGCUCUGCAUCCAGCGCAUAUCUGCACUUGGUCGUUGGUAUGAUCAACUUCCAGAGCACUGUGCUUUCCUAUCACCAUCUGGCCGGAAUCAGCUCAAGCGAGGUCAAGGGCUAUCACCGCAACUAACAAACCUCCAUCUUGCUUUUAUGAGUACUGAGAUGUUCUUGAAGACACAAAAAAGUUCGAUUCCGCGUUAUGGAUCAUCACCAAGUACAAGUACACCAGGCUCACAAGCUUCAUUUACUGCCUCAGCAAUAUCUCUCGUGUCGGCAUUCGCAACAAAAUUUGGAGUUUCUACCAUGCCCGCUAUCUUCACGAGUUACAAGGCCAUUUGCGAAAGAAACCCCACAAAGCUUAACUUUCCGAGUCUCAACCCAAACCCUGCAGAGUCUAGUCGUCCUGGGAACUACCAUCCUCUAGGGUCGAGUUCGGACUCUGCUGCCAAUCACUUGCCAACUCGGACAGAGCACCCUGAGUAUGUCGUGGUUGGCGGAAACGAUGCAGAGACUUCUACUGGCCUGUCAUCUUCAGGUAAGGUAGGAGGAGUCGACACAUUGCAUGAGCAUGAGAAGGAAGCUUGGAAGGACUUGUUUGAUAUCGUGGAGGUAGGGGAAGCGGGUGCUUCAAAUUUUAGCUAUCACGGGGACCUCGAUCGCUUGAAUGGGAUGGAAUGUGCAUUACGAACUUCUUCGUUAGGCAAUGGUGCGCAUGCGAGGAGGCAUAUACAAUUCUUAGCCGCUAAACACAAGCCCAAUCUAGGGACGAUACAGCCAUGCCUGUGGCAGACCCAUCUUGCUGAACAUAGAGCACGGUUAUCCAAUCAUAUUCCCGGCCUUGAGUAG